AUGUUCUACCUCACCGGGCUCGUCACCGCCGCCGUCGUGCCGGGUACGCCACCUACAUGCUCCCUCGCGCGUAACCUGCUCCCGGCGUCAUCAGCAUACACACCCCCGGAGCGAUGGCGUACCGGCGAGCCUGCAGCUUCCACGGGACCCUCCAACACGCAAUAG